GGUUUUUUAUUCAUGUGUAGAAAGGGUAGGAGAAGUUUUUCGAGGGAAAAAGGGGUCAUCGUGACUGUCUCUUGCUUCGAGUGCGGGCAUACACGCAUCUGCUAUACAACUGUAAAUACAUGUGCAGAAAAUCAUAUCAUGAAUAGGGUACACUUAAUCGUCAGUAGUUUACUGGCGAUUUCAUCUUAUAGCUACGGUCAAUCAUUCGAUAGUGACUGCGCAUUACACUUAUCAGGAGCAGGUAGAACAAGCUUCUUUGAUUUCAACACAAAUACCCUGAGAGGUGGACCUCAGGGUUUUGGUCAACCCGGUCAAUGCAUUACGUAUGAAGCAAUCAAUCAAGCAUACAUUGAUGCCAGAAAACGAAUAAAUAUUGUACCAGCUAACAAAGAAAAAUACACUUCUGAAGAAUUAGCUUCCGUCGGUGAAUUACUCCUUGACAUUUCUAUACAAUUAACUAAAAAUUAUGGAUUGACUUAUGAAGAAGUAGAAAAAGGAUUACCUACAAUUGAUACUUCACGUACACUCAUUAAGGAAGUUUGCCCCGCAUUUUUGUCUAACGUUGAGUGCAGACCCGGAAAAUAUAGAAGAUACGAUGGACUGUGUAACAAUGUUAAACACCCUACAUGGGGUGCCACAAAUACACCGUUCACUAGGUUAGUUGGACCACUCUUUUCCGACGGUAUGAGUUCGCCUAAAGUGAGUAUGCUCAGUAACAAGCGAUUGCCACUCGCAAGAGUUGUUUCCCGGACCAUGCAUCCUGAUGAAGGAUACCAUGAGCAUGCAGCUACUUUAAUGUUGGUAGCUUUUGGUCAGUUUAUGGAUCACGAUUUUACAUUAAUGGGCACGCCAGCAGAUCCACUCACUAGAAACGAACCAGAAGAAUGUUGCAAACGACCUCCACAUUUGAAAAAUCCUUAUUGUAACGAAAUACCAAUACCAGAUGAUGACUACUUUUAUAAAAAAUUCAAUGUCAAAUGUUUGGAUUUCGUAAGAGCUUUCCCAGCCGUCAGACCAGGAUGUCGACUUGGUUCGAGAGUACCUUUCAACACAUUAACUGGAGUUAUUGAUGCAAACACAGUUUACAGUGUUACUGAAGAUUACGCUAGGCAUUUAAGAACAGGCUAUCAUGGAUUAUUAAGGAUGAAUCCAGCAUUUUCUGAGUAUGGUUUAAAAGAUUUACUACCAAUGAGAACAAUUUACCCUGAUGAAGGAUGCACCAGACACAAUCGAUCACAAUUCUGUUUUGACGCAGGAGAAGUACGUGUGAAUGAACAACUUGUAUUAGCGUCUAUGCAUACGCUAUGGGCUAGAGAACACAACAGAAUAGCUGAAGAGUUAGGUAAAAUUAAUCCACAUUGGGAUGAUGAAACUCUUUUUCAAGAAAGUAGACGUAUUGUAAUUGCUAAAAUUCAACACAUUACUUACAAUGAAUGGUUACCUACGUUGUUAGGAAAAGGAGUCAUGGAAAAAUUCGGACUUCUUCUUCAAAAAGAUGGUUAUUGGGAUGGCUAUGAUCCAGAAGUAAAUCCAAAUAUUCUUGCUGAAUUUUCAGCAGCUGCUUUGAGGAUCGGACACACAUUUUUACCAACAGCCGUUGAAAGAUGGAGUAAAGCACAUAAAUUUAUCGCAUCGAAAAAAUUGUCUGAUCUGAUUAGACAACCAUACGAUUUAUACAGACCUGGAGUAUUCGAUGAGUACAUUAUGGGAUUGUCGAAUCAAGUAGCUCAAGCUAUGGAUGAUUCAGUUACGCAAGAAGUUACGAAUAAAUUAUUGAAAAAACCUGGUAAACAGUUUGGUAUUGAUUUAGUGUCAUUCAAUAUUCAAAGAGGACGUGAUUUUGGAUUACCAGGCUUUAUGGAAUACAGGAAAUUCUGUGGCCUACCUGCCUCUGAUUCAUUUCAAGGAUUAUCUGGUGCUAUGCCAAAUUCAACUGUUUCUCGAUACCAGCAAAUUUAUGAUUCACCUGAUGACGUAGAUUUGUGGUCUGGCGGUGUAUCUGAAAAACCGUUACCAGGUAGUAUGGCAGGUCCAGUAUUCUCGUGCAUAUUGGCCACGCAGUUUAGCUACGCUAGAAGAGGUGAUCGUUUUUGGUACGAAUUGCCUAAUCAACCUUCAUCCUUCACACCGGAACAACUACAUGAGAUUCGAAAAACUAGAUUAUCUAGAGUAGUAUGUGACAACACGGAUCUAAUAGAUACGAUCCAAUUGUGGCCAAUAGUUUUACCAGACCAUGAAUUGAAUCCUCGAGUACCUUGUCGAAGCGGAAUUUUACCAUCAACUGAUCUAACCAAAUGGGCUGAAGUACCAAAUUCACUUCCAAAUACAGAUCCUUUUAUUUUUGACCAUCCACCACCAGUAAAUAUAUUUUAAUGGAAAAAAAUGUAAUUAAAGAUAAUCAAACAACAUUCAAAAUGUAGUAGCUUAUUAUAUGCUCAAAUAGGCGUGAAAACCUCAAAAAAGUCCUAAGUUAUUUUUUAAAUUAAAUAACUUAAAUUAUAAAACAUUUGUGUCAUUAGUCAUAAAAUUUUAUAUAUUAGUACUUUCUUGAGUUUUAAUGACUGGAAAAAUCUAUGUUAGAAUGUUUACUUGGCUUGUAAAAAUAUUUAAUUUUUGAAUGUUUUCUUUAUCAUUGUAAUUUUUGUGUUGUCUUAAACAAUCAAAGUGUUUUACAUGUUAAAACAAAUGUUAACUUAAUUAUUGUUUAAAUGUUAUAAUGUUAUUUUAUUAAAUAUGAUUUUUAUUUUUUGUA